GCCUCGGAAGGCGGCGGCAGAGGCCAGUCCCCGCGAGCAGCGACUGAAGCAGUCGCGUCAGGUGCCCCCAUCCCAGACCCCCAGCACCUGGGAAGAGUCGGGGCUUCGCUAUGAUAAGGCUUUCCCCGGAGACAAAAGGCUGAGGUGAUGUGUUCCUGAGGCUUGUCGAGUUUUCUCGUUUCUCUUUCCCCUCACAACGAGACCUUGACCUUUUUCCUCCCGUUGGAGGACCUCUUGAAGCACAACUCGCUGGUUUUUAUUAUGCACGGAGGGUAGGAUAAGUGUCUAACAGUUCGUUUCUUUCCCCGCGAAGCUCUUCAUGUCUGUUAGAACUAGAUGUGUCUCCGUAACGAGGAUGUUGGUAAUUACCCGUCUUUUUGUUUCCACCCACAGCAGUGUGAUGACAGUAGUUAAGUCCAGGCAAUUUCGGGAAAAGCAAGGGAAGAUCCUGUUGGAAGGUCGUAGGCUGAUUGCAGAUGCUCUCAAGGCUGGUGCUGUGCCCAGAGUUUUCUUCUUUAGCCGUCUGGAAUACAUAAAGGAGCUGCCCAUUGAGAAGCUGAAAGGUGUUAGCCUCAUUAAGGGAUUUUUGCCAAACCUGACCACGUCAAGAUGACAUACCCAGAGACUCAGCUUCUCCACGCAGUGCCCAUAUUGUUGAUUUGUGACAAUCUCCGCGACCCUGGGAACCUGGGGACAAUUCUGCGAUCUGCUGCUGGCGUAGGCUGCAGCAAAGUGUUACUCACCAAAGGCUGUGUGGAUGCCUGGGAACCCAAAGUGCUGCGGGCAGGUAUGGGCGCACAUUUCCAAGUGCCCAUCAUCAACAACCUGGACUGGGAAGCAGUGCCCAACUACCUGCCCAAUGACACCCGCGUCUACGUGGCUGACAACUGUGGCCUUUACACACAGGCCCAGGCCCAGAUGUCUAAUAAGGCCAGUGACUACGGCUGGGUAUGUGACCGACGACCCCUAAAGUUUCACAAGUAUGAGGAGGAGGAAGAGAAUCUAGAAAGUGCAGCCAAUAAAGGCUGGCUCCCUGAACUUGAGGUCCAGAGUUACGACUCAGACUGGACAGAGGCACCUGCAGCUGUGGUGAUAGGUGGGGAGACCAGCGGCGUGAGCCUGGAGUCCCUGCAGUUGGCUGAGAGCACGGGGGGCGGGAGGCUGCUGAUCCCCAUCGUGCCUGGUGUGGACAGCCUGAACUCGGCCAUGGCUGCGAGCAUCCUGCUCUUUGAAGGGAGAAGACAACUGCGGGUGAGGGCGGAACACUUGAGCAAGGACGGGAGUUACCACUGAGAGGGGACGUGGAAGCCAGUCCUCGGUUAUAGGUUGUCUCUGUGGUUACUGGAAAAAUAAGAACUUCCCUGACUUUCUGCUUAGCCUCAAAAAUAACAAAGUCCAAAAUUCCUCCUGCGAUCUCCAUCUUCCCACCGACUUCUAUAUGUGUGUAUAUGUACGUGUGUGGGGGGGUAAGAGAGAGAGAACAUAAGUAGAUGCUCCUCAUGGCUGUAUGUUUUUAAAAACUGUCCACCAAGGAGCAUCUUUGUGCCCAGAAAGUUGCUGAGGGCAUCACCUUGGGUAGGGAGGACCCCUUCCUCCGCAGCUGGGGGUGCUCUGCAAUCAUGGAGCGCUGGUUAGAGGCCGGCCUUGGUCACUCAACUCCUGUGAUCAUUGGUCAGUGGAAAUUGACUUCAUCCCUGUGAAGUGUAGACCAGCAGAUUACAUUAAAAAGUUUUAUUUCGGUGUG